AUGCCCAGCACGUCCGCUACGGAGAAUAGCGGGCACUGCAUGGCAACGAUGAUGCCCCCGCGGAGUGCAGGUACACCGCCCCCUCUGCAGCACAGCAAUGGCAAGGAGCUGUCGCGGCCGGCAAGGGCGCUGGUGGAGGCACCGGAGUGUUUUGCAAAUGGGCAGUAUUUUGGUCUGCCGUGUACUCUGGGUAACGAGGAUAGCGAUGCCCGCUCUAACAGCGCCGUGAGCAUCUGCAGCGGCGAUAAAUCCGAGGAACUGCGGUGUCGCGCACAGCGCAAUCGCAGGUGGAAAGCAUCGGCGAAUAGCGAUCCGGGGACACGCGACGAGGACGCCGUAUGCCCGGCAGCCGUCUCUUCCGUCUCCUCUUACUACUUCAGCGGACAUAACGUGCUGACGGAGGCCACCCAUGAGUGCGCGGGGGAGCAGAGGUUCAUGGAAAAUCGCGAUGGCAUGGGGAUGUUUCAUUCGCCCAGUAGCCAAGCGAGUGAGCGAGCUGGCGACACGGCGGAGCAGUCUUCUCGGCCGCUCGGUUUGCUGGGAGCCACCUCUCCAUCUGUCGUGCAACCGGCGACGAGGAUGGCGCGGGUCCGUGCAGCAGCGUUGGCGGCCUCUUCGCGAGCAAUGUCGUCGACCGAGCUCGAUGACCCCUAUCACGUUCUCUCCAUGCCCACUGCGGGGACCCUGUACUCAAGCUCGCGCGCCGCAAGCGACCGAGACAGCGUCGACGGCGAAAGUCGUUUCACCGCGCGGAUAUCACAGCAAGACAUGUACUACAUGAACACCUCAACCCUUACGAUGUCUAUAGACGCGCCUGCCAGCCCCUCUACGCGUCAGCAGCGAGACGGCGCCGCUCCACGUGGCGGGUCCGCUUCCAUCGCCUCGUCCUGUGAUCGGGUGUAUGUGCCGGGGAUCUGGGAGUACGGUGAGUGGAUGUUGACGGCGCGGCCAGCGACGAUGGAGACUCUCAGUGGGCAUUCGACCGGCACUAAGACGCUGGCCACCGACCAUGACCGUCGCGCUGCGCAGUUUCCAAGCCCUGCGACCAUUGACGUCACGAUGGAGCCGUCGAGUCAGCCCUCGCCGACCAUGACGGUCUGUUCCCCACGCACGGCACGCCCCACGACAGUGUCGAAUGAACUUCCAGCAGGCACAGCUCUCACCUCUAAGGCGCACAGUGUCCUCUCUGCCCGAGGCUCGCAGCUGCCACGCGGCGCCGCCGAUAACGAUGCGUCCCCGGAGAGGAAGGAGCGGCCGCCAGUGUCGGUGUACAAAAGCGCUGCCGCGACAGCACCACCGCCACCGCUGGGCACCUCCACCACCCCCGACGUGUGUAUCACCAUGAAGGACUUCACGACUGGCAUGAGGAGUCCGACAAGGAAUGUCGUGAAUGACAGCACCGCUGUCAAUGGCGCUGUCCGCCAACGGGUCGAGUCGCGGUCGCACCGCUGCUCCACUGGUUUCGCGGAGACGAUCGCCGCAGGACAACGUCGCCGCGUCUCGGACAGCGGAGCACCGUUUUCUGAUGCCUCAUCGUCGUUGCUGGCAGCAGGCAAUGCUCUCCAGCAGCCACCGCCGCGUCCUUCUUACGCCAACGACGCCGCGAAUUCGGGGGAGAGCAAAAAGCACAUGGCCACCCCUCCCAUCUUGAAUGGCUUCCUGGGUGGACACCAGCCGGCCUUCAUGACAACGGCAUCUUUGAACGCGUCUGCCGCGGCCCUGGUGCCCGAUCACGCCCCUCUCCUUGGCUUUGGUGUGCAUCCUGUUCGCAAGGGCGUCGAUUCACGGUCGUGCGUGCCCUCUCCUGUCGCCUCCCCUGCUUCCACGGCGAUGCCGCUGCUGCUGUCGCCUCAGGCCCUAGCGACCGCAGGGCAGCCUACUUCGACGGCGUGCCCCGCACGCCCGCCAGAGGUCCCACGCGCGCCCGCCCGCGAUAGCGGGGGCGGGAGCCCGGCGCUCCCGCCGUCUCUGGACAACACCGCCACAGAGUGUCCGUCAGACGUAUCGCGUCGGGCCGGAAGCCACAGCACAGCUACCACAGUGGCCGGCGCAACCUCCAGUACCACCAGCACGCUCUCUGAUGACCUCAUCCCGAGCUCCUCUCCAAAGAACGGCUGCGCACAAUCCAGCGACCUGAAGUCACCCGCUAUUGGCCCCCAGCCGCUUUCCGACUCCAACGGCAACACCCUGCUGAUUCUCAGCAGCGGGGUGAGGAAGCCGACUCCCCCAUCGCCGAGAGCAGUCGCGGCUAGUGAGACGAGCAUGUCCGCUGCCGGUGCGCAAAACAGGUCUGACGUGCACGUCGCAACCUCGAAACUCACCGCCGCGACACCGGCUGCCUCGACUUCCACGGCAUCCACCCCCGCGAUGAGUCCCCUCGCCUCCUCGCGCGGCCUCUCCGACGAAGGGGCCGCUUCCCACGCUACCGACACCAUGUGUCGCCCUGCAUUCCAAACAAACAAGCCCGCCCCGCAUCAACUACCAAAGGAGCUUCCGCAGGGCUUGCGCGUGGACGGCCAGACCUCGAAGCCGGUCAAUCCCAUGGCAAUCACCCUUUCUUCACGGCCUGGCGCGGCGCGGAAGGCGACACGACCGCAAGAGGAGGCGAACGGCGGCGGGGCUGUUGCAUCCCGGCGCAGCAGAAAGGACGCGGUUUGUCCCACUCGCUCUGCAUGUGACUGGCGACGGCGCCUGGGCUUCAAGCAGAACAGGGAGAUUGUUUUACCUGACUCCAAGUCGCUGCGGGUGUCCAUGCCGUCGUUGCUCGAGUUUCGCAGCCUGGCCAUGCGCGAACAAGGCAAGGAGAUGAUGCCGUCGACUGAGGAAGUGUCUACGCACCUCAUGACGCGCUGGAACGCGGUGUGUGUGCUGGUUGUCGUCGACGAGGACGCGGUGCGGAAGCCGUGUCUCGUCGUGAGUGGACUCAGCGUGCGUGUGUACGAGGAAGACAAGUCAGUGACGCUGGCGAACAGCAGAAUGGCUCAUGGCAUGAUGCGGGUACUGAAGGGGCGCGGCGGUGCGACUCAUUCUCGUUUUUUGCGCAGUGCCAGCUACGACGUCGACGAGGACUCAGACGACAGUGACGCCUUGGUGGUUGGUAUUCGUGGCGGCGUUGGCUUGAGCAAUCGCGCCACGAGCAGCAGCGGCGGCGGGCUGCCGUCCAACCUGAAGUCCUUUGUUUUGCUGCCAGAUAAGAAGGUACGCCGGAGCCAGUCUGGCAAGGACGAUUCAGCCGACCCCUGCACGGUCGAGUUUGACAACUACCUGCGCAAGUUUGAUGUAGACGAGACGCUCAGCCGCCUCGCUGGCAGGAAGGAGUGUCGCUCCGUGGCGCUGGACCAGCUGGUGCGGACCUGGGUGACGGGGCAUAACACCUGCCUCCUGCUGGGCAACGGCAACGGCCGCAGCACGCAGUCGCUUGACGUGACUGUGGGGGCGGUGGAGAGCGCCAUGGGCAUAUUGCGCGAGCGACUAAAUGACCCGGCCAGUCGUGUCGAGCUGCACAUUUGCAUGGGCGAAGUUGCUGAUGACGAGGAUAACGGUGGAACGAUGGUGCUAGACCUGCUGGCAUCCUCCUCCUCCGACGAGGAUGACGACAGCGACGACGGCGAGCAGGAGAAGGGUGCGAGGUGGCGGCGCAAGGAGGUACCGCGGGCCUCUCAGAGGAGCGGCACAACCCGUCCCCCAGUGCAGCUGGCGCGCAGCCCGCUCUUUGGCACCUUUGUGAAGGGGCUCCGCUCCGUAAAAAUCGACGGCGCCACCACCGCCACGAGUGCCAUUGGCCGCACCUUGACGCUGGGGUUCAUGCGGUUCAACAUGUCCACCCAUUCUUCCCGGAGCAACAGCAUGUCGAACCUGUCCAGUCUUAGCAGCGCCGCACUGAGCAAGGUACGCAUCAGCUUCGCUACACUGCGGCUGAAGACUAUCUGCCGAGGCGCAGACAUGCGCAGCGCGCGACUGAGCGCCCGCGAGAGCGCAACGAGCAAGAAGAAGUUUGGCGGUCAGGUGCGGCACAGCCGCUCCGUGGAGUACCGGGCCGACGUGCUUGUGUCCUCGCUUCUGCUCGUCUACUUCGGCACCGAGUACAUGGUGCUCGACACCCUCGUGCAGCGCAGCCAGGCGUACCGCGCGACAGCGCGCGAGGAAGAUGAAGGUAUCGUGCAUCCGAACGCACCGAUGCGGGAUCAGAAACCUGAUUUCCAUCCCGCCAGCUGGCCGAACGCAGUCGGGUUUCUUCAGUCACUUCUGUGUGACGCGCUGGGGGGCCGCACCCGCACGAUGGCGUGCCUCUGCUUGUCUGAGUACGACACGCGCGCCACCCUAUGGCUCCGAGCGGUGAGCCGAGCGAGACGCAUCACAAACAUGACACCGAACUGCGGAAACGUGCGCAACUACCUGCUCUACCUCCUGGAGCAGUACGAAAACCUGGCAGCACUGCAAAACCGUCGAAAGCAGGAUGCGCGGCUGUUUCUACCGGCACUGGGCACUCAGGCCAACUCUAAGCACCACAAGCGCGGCCGCCUCUCCGCUGUAUCUUCGAGCAAGGAGUUCGACCAAUGGUCGGUCUACUGCAUCGAGAAGAUGAUCGCUGAGCUCGACGCGUUCGUGGCCACCCCGACAGGCAACACGCCUUCGCUUGAGCGGCUGGAAAUCGCGAACGAGAUCAGUGCAACUACGCAGUCGGGUCCCCUUUCAAGUCAUCCCCUGGCCUUCUUUUCGAGGAACUCCUGA